AUGCGGACUGAUAUUCGAAAGACGAUGAUGGUGAUGAGCCACGUGACGAGAAUCAGCAUGUCCUCCAUUAGCAAGCAGCUGUCUUCUAUCAGCUGUGCAGGCAAGAGGCCAUCUUCCUCCUCCGCUGAGAUCAGAUUGGUUUUGCUUGGGAAGACUGGCAGCGGGAAAAGCUCCACCGCCAACUCCAUCUUGGGCCGUAAGGUCUUCGACUCAAAGAUUAGCAGCUCCUCCGUCACACAACGUGGUUGCACGGUCUCCGGAGAGUUUCGAGGGCGACACCUGAAGAUCCUGGACACUCCGGGGCUUCUGGACACCAAGCAGACUCCACAGGAGGUGCAAAAGGAGUUGAGGAGGAGUGUUAGCCUCCUCUACCCCGGGCCCCAUGUGUUCCUUCUUGUUAUCCAGAUUGGGAGGUUUACUCAGGGGGAGAAGGAUGCGGUGCGGCAGAUUAAACAGGCAAUAGGUUUCAAUGCUCUGAAUUUCUCCGUGGUGGUUUUUACCCAUGCAGACCUUCUGGAAGAGAGGACAUCCAUAAAGCAUUGUCUGAUAGACAGGUCCAAGGAUCUUGCCGAGCUGGUGGGAGGAUGUGGGGGCAGGUACUGUGUCUUCAACAACCAGAGCUCCAAGAACAAGGAGCAGGUCUCAGAGCUGCUUGCCUUGGUGGACAUCAUGAUGCAGGGUAAUGGAGGAACGUGCUACGGCAGCAAGUUGCUCCAGAAAGCAGAGGAAGAUCUGACUCGGGAGCUACAGGAGGAGAGGCGGCUGCUGAACGAGAAGGAGGAGCUGUUAAAAAAGAAGCAGGAGGCAGCCGUAAGAGAGUUGAGGAACAGGAGGAGGAAAUGA